GUCCUACAAUAUAGUCAGAUCGAACGGGUUUGUGCUUCAACUGUGUACCCGGGGAUAUUUAUUUGCUGCUUAAGAAUUACGAUAUCCCAUAUAACAUGCAUAACACAUUGUCUUCCAUUCUGGCAAUCACGGUGCUAAUCGUGCAAUCCGAUGCGAACUGCGACCCUACGUCAUUUUACUCUUUACCUCGAGCGAUUUUGCCACCUGCGUGGAGAAGCCAACCGAUUGAAAUUAUUAACAUGAACAACACAGCUUAUCUGUGUCGAAACUUCGACUGCCGAUUUGUUACACACGAAGCAUUGGCAAAGAGGCUGCCGGGGUCGUUUUUUAAGAUCACUGAGUAUUCUAUGGAGUCCGGAUUACGUUACGUUUCCCAGCGGCCCAUCCUUAAACGAUCUAGCAACGAUACUGCAGGCCCUUGUUCGCUGGGUAUAGAGUCCGACGGAGAUUAUUGUUGUCCAACGACGCGAUAUUUUACUUGCUUCACUACGUCACAGGCGAUCAUCAACAUCAAUACACAGUCCUGUUUGGUCUUCGCUCUUUCCAACAUGUUUCAGUGCGUCACUUCCUCCGCCUGCUGCGGCGGUGGAAUGUGUUCCGGAAAUGGCCUCUCGUGUAGACUCGAAGACUCCAUGCAGUCGCUGUUUGCGUGGAACGUCGUUUCCAACCAGUUAAAGUUCGAGAUGUUCCAGUUUCCGGCGUCCUGCACAUGCAAAUCAAAUUAAGGCGUCAAAUAUGUUUCUUUCAGGUUUUAUGACAAAAGCUUUAGGAUAUUUUUUAUAUCACAACGCUGAUAUUGAUCUUAUAUAAAGUAGCCUCAUAUAUUUGGGCCUCGCUCUGUGAAAAGGGGUUUUAAUGCAUAUGCGUAAAUUGUCCCACUUUCCGCCUAAACUGGAUUUUUGUUAACACGAUACUUUAUUUAAAUUAAAAAUAUCAUAAAAGCAAAAUCAGCCGUCCCUGAUGAGCCUGUGCGGACUGCACAGGCUAAUCUGGGACUAGACUUUACGCACAUGCAUUAAACCCCUUUUUCACAGAGCACAACUCAUUUAUAUUGAAAUUCGCUCAGCAGCCACUUGUUCUGACGAUUCAAAAUUGCCCAAAAUGUUAAUAUGUACAAAAAUAGGUCUUUGGAUUAACAGUAUAUAUGAAAUUAUAAAGCAUGAAGUGCACACAAUUACAAUGGUGGAACCAAACUAAGUCCGAACAUGCUCUCCGUUGAAAAAACCAUGGGUGCGGCACAAAUGUGACACAGCGCGCGGGAUAAAAAUUUGAUAAUUUUAUACACAAUAUGUGUUCAAAUUUACCUAUGAUCUGAACAAAAUGUUUGCACAAAACAAUUCAAACUUGGAGAGCAUAAUCUCUUUAAACUGAAAUGUCAAGUAAAUUAAUGCCUGUAAUUGUUAUAAUAAUUAAAUUGUUAAAAAUACAUAUUCUAAAGUAUUUGCUUUUUCAAGCGUGUUUUAUUUAUAUUUUGGACAUAUGUGAUGUUUUAAAUGUGUUUUGUUUAGUUAUUUUCGGCUUAUUCAAGCUGAUUGAUUUAAAAAAUCUUAAGCGAAUCCAUUUAUGGGUCGAUUUUGUUAACAUUUAUAAGAGCGGAUGUUAAAAUAUUAAUUCACUUUCCGGACAUAAACCGAUCUGUGUAAUAUCUCGAUAUCAAAAAAAUAAUCUCAAUCGCUUUGGUAAUGCAACAUUCAACGAUUUAUUACUUUUCUUGUGCCUAAAUUUAUCGUUUAAAACUUCAUGUCACUCAGCAAGGUGAAAUAGUUAUUGAUAAU